AUGAACACUCACGAUGUCUCAGAUGUUCCACAGUAUUUCGAGUUCCUGCGUCGGCAGAGGCAGAGUCUCCAAGAGGCACAAUCUCGUAAAGGACAACGCCCUCAAGCAAGACGAUCCAGGGAAGAAAUCACAGUGAGGUUCAGAUUCAGUCUCAUGAUGGGGACAGCUGGACCGGGCUCCUACGACAAGUUCAACCUACGAUCCUCAUUCAUCCCUCCAGCUUAUCCUCCCUGCACCAGUGCCUUAGCCGAACUGAAGAAAACGAUGAUCAAAGAUCUUCUCCUGGAAACACACCACAGAGGCACUUAUCUACUAUUGAGGUCAAUUACCCCACCAGCCAAGAUGAAUGCGAUUAUGACCAUCGUGGAAGACGAAAGCCAGGAUGUUGUCAUGUUGCAGCUGUACUAUCAAGAGGGAGAGAAUGACUGCAAGAUUGAGGACAUCGCUGGAGAGGGCACGAUCCUGAUUGUGCGAGAACCAUACUUCAAGUUAAUGUCGGAUGGAGAGUAUGGACUCCGCGUUGACCAUCUCUCGGAUGUGACAUAUCUCCCAGCAUACGAUCAGAGAGUCCCAAAUCAUUGGCAGAAAGAUAUCAUCGUGGGUAGCGCCUCGGUCGACGAUUGGAAGAUCAAGGGAAACGACUUCUACAGAGGUUCUAAGUAUAGAGCUGCUAUUGAAUGCUACACGAAAGCCCUCGAUUGUUCUCCAACAGAAGACAAAUCUGGUACCAUCAAGAUCAAUCGAGCUCUCGCCUACAUCAAGACGAAGCAGUUCGAAGCCGCGCUCUUCGAUCUGGAAUAUGAAACAUUUCCUCAAAAGCCAAACGAGAAAGCUCUCUUCAGUAAAGCACUAGCAUUGUACCACCUCCAGAGAUAUCGAGAAUGUCGUGAGGUUCUCAAAACUGUCCUUGUGAACUAUCCUGAGCAAGAAAGCGGGAAAUACAACCUCAAGGGCUUGCAAACGGAGGCCGCUAAACUGCGACCGCCGCAGCUGGAUCAUGCUACAUUUUCAGGUCCGGUUGCCAUCAGAACUUCAAAUGGUCGGGGACGCGGUCUCUUUACCACAAGAGCAGUCAAGGCUGGCGAGCUUCUUUUGUGUGAGAAAGCAUUCGCGUAUGCCUUUGAUGACUCUCAGAAAGCAACGGCGGGGGGCAAUUCGACUAUCUUGAUCAACGCAGAAACUAACUCCAUAACUAUUGGGGCUCAGGCGGAACUCAUACAAUUGAUCGUUCAAAAGAUGUAUCGGAACCCGUCCUCGGCGACAACGAUCACCAAUCUUCAUCACGGCUCAUAUCAACCUGUCAAGAUUACUGAGGUCGAUGGCACACCGAUUCCUCGUUACACGCAUCAUAAGCUUGAACUGCUUCGGAUGUCCACUCUCGUCUCGCGCGACCCAUCGACGUCUUUUGGAGGACGGUCUUUUAUCGGCGAUAUGAUGCUGGUUCGCGCAACGCAAGACCUUGCUGCUGACACAGAGAUCACAUUCUGGUACCACUUGCCUGGCGUCAAUGACUACGACGAGCGACGGAAAAAGUUCCAACAUUGGGGUUUCAUGUGCGACUGUGCCAUGUGCCAGGAUGAAAAGGCCACGAAGAAGAGUGUCUGGGCAAAAAGAACCAAGUUGAGGGCAGACGUUCUGAAGCACUUCAAAUCUGACAGCAAAGCGAAUAUACCUCAGAUUGAAACCGUCCUCGCCGAACUUGUUGCUACAUAUCCUCGACCGGCUUCUGAUGUGCCUCGUCUCAGUGUGUGGGAUGUCCAUUUGGGCCUCGCAAAGAUGUGUCUCGCGCAUCGGCAACCAGUCCAAGCCGUCGAAUCGGGGGUGAGCGCUCUGGAAUCUCUCGGCUAUGUGAUAGAAGGAGGAAGGCUGCCGCACAUCCUGGGCACGCCUCUGGUCGUCAAGAAAUGGGGUCUGAUGCAGGACCACCUUGUCGAGUGCUGGAUGGUCCUCGCGAGGGCUUACAGCCUGGUGGCUCCCGAUCUCGAGGUUCUAGCGAUCGAGUACGCUAGGACUUCAUACAAGAUUUGCGUGGGUGAAGACGACAGUUUUGACGAAACAUACGGCAGGAUAUUCAGGGGCGACUAG